UGGGAGCGUUUCAUUAUGAUUUUUAGAAAUAGUUCUGGGUGUCCAUUCCACUGAUUAAACUGUAUCGCUAAUAAAUAGGGGAUACGGGUUCGGUCUAACGUAGGCUAGCGAUCGCGAACUGCCGAUCAAUCCAUUUGAACUUAACUGGCCUUCCACCAUUUCCGUUCUGCGUUUGAAAAAUAUUGAUUCUGUAUUGCCAUGACAAAUCAACCGAAUUAUUUAUGGGGACUAUUCAACUAUUGGUGUCACGACGGCAAUGCGAUUCACCGAGGGCCACGUGGAUAGAAAACAAAGACGCUUUUCCUCAUGAAGGAAUUGGCUGUUGAAGACCUGAGAACUUGCCAUACAAAACAGCGCAUCAACAAUUCACCAAUUACAUAAUAUGGAAUAAACAAGCGCGGUAUGUGGACUUUCUAGCGGUUUCUUCGAAAGGGCCAUAAUUACUCGACCAGAUUGCGUGCACCUGUUUGGAAAGAAUCGUGGAAUGUUGCCAUCGGUCUGAGCAAUGGCCGCUCCUCGAAGAAUUCAACUGACUGCAGUCUCGAGCGAUGCACACUUCCCUCUUCCCAAUGCCCCCAAUACCAAUGACCUAUCUGUCAAAGUAGGUUUACCUGCGCCGAAUCCAGCGGGUGGGUCGCCACCAUCUCUGCCAGCUGCAACGCGAGUGGAAUUAAAACUCUUCGAGCCGGACGAUCAAAGCUGCCCGGAAUUUAACUUCCUGGAUUUGAUCCGGACAGAGGAAACGACCAAGAAAAAUAAAUUACUGACUUUAGAGGAGGUGUUGGAGGACAGGGUGAAGGAUGAAUUAGAAGCACUUGCAAGAAAGUUUGAAGAGAAAUAUGGCAAAGCUGGCAAAAAGAAAAAGGACAGAUUAGAAGACCUGGUGGAUAUCGGCUUUGGUUAUGAUGAAACCGAUUCAUUUAUCGAUAACUCUGAGGCUUAUGAUGAAUUGGUGCCAGCUUGUCUUACCACCAAAUAUGGAGGGUUCUACAUCAACUCUGGAACUCUGCAGUUUCGGCCAGCCUUUGAUGAGGGAGAGGAGAACGAGACGAAUGAUUUUGAGGACGAUGGUUUAAAGCCCAAGAAACGAAAGCUUAAGCAGGGAAAAGAGAGAAUGAUGAGCAAGAAAAAGAGAGAUGAUGACAUGCUGGCUAAGAAUGAAGAGGAGGAUGUCCAGAAGAGCACCCCGCCAGACAAGCCAUCAGCAGAGAAGAUAAAAAAGAAAAGCAAGAAGCCGCUAAGCAUUGAGAAGAUGCUGAAGAAAUUCCAUAAGGAAAAGCUUCAGCAGUUGCAGAUGUUUAAUACUAAAGAGAAGGAAUCGGAUGAUCUCAAGGACAGUGGCUCCAUCAUGCAAGCUGAUGUUCAAGAACCAGCCAUAUCCGCAGACCCUCUUCUCACACUCAUUGGUUCGGCCACUGCGGAUGACAUCCUUCAAGCGGUUAAGGCAACGGAGCAAGACUUUGACUUAGAUGGGCUCUUGGGGGAGCCGCAGAACAUCAGCUCUCCAAGCCUGGAGGAAAAUGGAGAGAUGGUGUCUGUCACCACAAAGCCCCCCUCAUCAAUUCCAGAUGGUCUGCCUCCAACACUAGAGCAACACAUUCAAGAACUUGCUCAGGCUGUCAAGAAUAUUGAAGGACAAAAUAAGAUGGAGAUUUUGUCUUCAGAGCUCAGCAGUGUUUUACUAGAAGUGGAGGUGAGCUCGAAACAGCUUGGUGGCAAAGUACGUUCCAGAAUCUUCUCCUAUCUGGCAUCACAGCUGUCUUGCAGCAAAGGCACUCUGGUUAAAAGAGCCAAAAAGCUCCACAAUCUACAGCAGGAUGAAAAUUUGAGGGAGCUUCUACAGAAGCUCAAGAAUGCAGUUGCCAGGUCCAUGCCCGAACAGAUCACCCGUUUCCAAAUUCACUGCCAAGCUCACUCAGAAGCCAGAGCUGCCAAGCUAGAAGCUGAGAAGGGGCGGGAUCAACGGGUGAUUGAUGGGUCUGAUGAAGAAGAAGAGGAGAGGAGUGGAAAACGAGUCUUUGGGCCUCGCAAGAGAUUCAGAUGGAAUGAAGAGAUCAGGGAGUUGCUAUUUGAGAUAGUUAAUUUGAAGAUGAUUAGCUAUGACUUUGAGUCACCUGCAUGCUCUAGUUUGGAGGAGUAUCUGAAAACAUUCCUGGAGGCUGAUGUUAAACCACUUUGGCCUAGAGGAUGGAUGCAAGCCAGGAUUCUGCUUAUAGAAACUCGAAAAGCUCAUGGUCACAUCACUGGUGUGGUGGCAAGGAAGAAACCAGUGAGCACAACAAAACAAAAAAAGGGCAGUGCUGUCUCUGAGGACUGUACAAAUAACCUGGAUGUUCAAGGCCCUCAAGCAAGGAAACGCAAGCGUCUGAGUCUACCUGCGAGUACACAGCCUGAAGUUGCAGCCACUCCAAGUACCACUGCCAAAACACCAUUAAACACACAAACUUCUGCCACUUUACCCACCAUUCCAGUUAAUCAUAGGGAAGGGGAAAACGGCACUCAGAGAAGUCCGGUGACCGCAGGUGGGGUUGAAUCGGUGCAGAUAAUGUGGACCAAGUCUGGUAUGGAUUCAGAUUCAAAGCGACAGAAUGCUGAAGAGAAAUCAACUCCAAAACUGACCCUAGUGGCACCCCCAGAUGGUGCUCAGGCCAACGGUGCAUCAAUGGUUCAGGGUGUGGCCAGACUGCUCACUACGACAUCAAUAGAUGAUGCACCAGUUUCAAUGGCAGCUGCUGCUGGGGAAUUCUCAUGUGGGAACCCAGCACUCCCCACCCCUUCUCUGUCUUUCCUUCCAUCCUCCUACCACACCACAGCGCAGCCAGACACCUUUCCAAGCUUUGCCCCCCUGCAUACCCUCCCAUUCACUGGGCUAAGCCCUGGCACUAAGCUCCCUGGACAGCCUCAGGCCUGCAAAGGUGCAGUGUUUCCUGGCCUAGCACCUGGAACUUUCCAGCAUGGUAUCACGCACGGAAACUCUAUGCUGUGCUCUAGCACUCUUCAUCUUCUGUCUGUCCCUGUUUCCUCUCCUGCUCCUCUUCAUUCUUUAACACCAUGGCUCUUUGGUUUAGAUGGAAACCAGAUCCAUGCAGAUGGGGUUAAUGUUAGGAGGAAACUACAUUAAUAGCCAUUAGAGUGAAAAAGAUCAGUGUGAAAACUCAGCACUUCCUGAGCUCAUGAAGAUUGAAUGGAUAUUACUGAACAUGGUGUCAAAACAUUUACAUUAAAAUGUAAUGUGCAAAUUAUGGCUCAAGGAUACCUUUCUUUUCUACAUUAAAGAAUUAAAACUCCUUAUAAAUAAAUGUUAUUUAUUUGCAGUAAGGAAAAAUAUGCUGAAUGCUGGUAUAUGAACUAUAAUAGAAGCCUUUUGUUUUUCACAGUGUUAAGUUUUGAAUUGUAUGACCAUCCCUUUGCACUUACUGUAAUGCACUUACUUAGAAACUUUCACUCUUUGUAACUUCUGAUAUGAAUCUGAAACGCCACCCUACGGUAUUAAUUUUAUAUAAAUAUGUAAUGUAAAUUAACAUUAAAUGAAUCGUAUGUGCUGAUUAAUGCCACUUUUUCUUGUUUGUUUUCUUUUUACUGGACUAGGGAAUGAAAUGAUGCCAUGUAAUGAUCUCAGGGCUGUUUAAGUAUAAUGGCUGGGUUCUUAUAGUGAAAUGCUGCAAAAUAUGUACAGAACAUGCACUUGCUUUUGUUUUUGAAUAUAGUAAAAUGUGAAAUUUUUUUUAUUUAUUUUUUUUUGUGGAAAAAAUAAA